ACCUGAAAAACAGUUCCGUGGUUUCGAGUUCAAAGUUGCAUUAUGUAGCACGUGUGGUCAAAUAUGGCUGCGCUCACAAGUGACUAUUGAAGAUCAAAACAUUGAAUUUCAAACUGCAAAAUCACAGGACGCAAUGUAGAUACGGAAACAUCAUAAUCUCACAAUGUCGCAGAAUACGCUGCCGGGGAACGUGCCUCCGAAAUCGGUGGUCCUUGAAUUACUCCUAUCGAAGUACGAGCGACUCCCAGAGAGAGAUAGGCGAUUCUUUGCCAAUGGCCCAAUAUAUCUUGGAGGCAGCGCUGCAGUUGUAGGACUUCUUGCAAAUAGCCUUUUUCGAGGAGUUCUCAAUGUCACCCAGGGUCUGUUUACGUCAAGUCUUCCUAUGGCGGUUCUGCCGUUUCUGACAACAGUGGCGUUUUACAAUGGCGCUGUAUCACAACCUUUGUUGUCAGGAGAGCUCAACUGUCCAACCUGCGCCCUAAUCCGAGGUGGGCUAGUUGGAGGACUUGCUGGUGGCCUGUAUCCCGUUAUGUUGGCAUUACCCGUCAGUGCUGGCCUGGCAACAAGAUACAGCACCUCACCAAUGCCAGAAAAGGGAAAUGUGCUUCGGUUCUGGAUUACCAUCACCCAGCCUAUCCUGAGGAGAAUGAAUGUUGUGUUGAUACUGCAGUGUCUUUUAGGCGUUUACCUGAGCUCUAAGCACUAUGGCAUUUAUGUUAAAAUGCUUGAAUUACCCAUCUCAGAUAGUGAAGAACUGAGAGAAUAACAAAACUUGUUCAAAUUUUUUUUUAAACCCCACUGCCUUGUCUUGAGUGCAAUGUCUGCAUGUCUGUUUACUUUUAGUAGUUCAAAAUAAAACCUGUACACUGUUCUAAA